GAUGUUAAAAGAUGAGAAAUUAUUCCCCGAAGAAUUUGAAGGAUUUAAUAAAAGAAAGUUGAGAGUGGCGACCUUACAUUAUCCGCCAUUUGUUAAACGACAACUCGAUUCAAACGGAAAUAUCUUGAGUUAUACUGGAAUGUGUAUUGAGAUGCUGGAUGCUUUGGCAAACCGGCUAAAUUUUACAUACGAUCUUAUGGAGCCGGCUGAUAAGACGUUUGGUAUCGAAGUUAACGAAUCUGGCGAAUGGAAUGGAUUAAUUGGCCUUCUACAAAGAAGAGAAGUUGAUCUUGUAGCGGGAGCCUUAACUAUAACUCAUACUAGAGAAGAUGUUGUAGAUUUUACGCAUCCAUAUUGGGAAGAACCUACCGUAUUAGUAAUCCGUGAACCAACCCGAACAGUUGAUAUGUUUGCUUUUUUCAAGCAAGGAGCCGUCAGUGAAAUAAAGAGUAGUUCUGGAAGAUAUAUUGUUGGUACAUGGUGGAUUUUUGUCUUGGUUAUUGUUGCUACCUACACAGGAAAUCUUAUUGCGUUCCUUACUACAAAUAUCCCAAAAUUACCUUUUUCAACACUCGAGCAGAUGGCGCAACAAAAGGAGUAUGCCUACGGGUUACAAGAUGGUAUUGUCCAAAUGAUGCUAUUUAAAACAUCUUCAAAUCCAACCUAUAAAAGAGUCUGGGAAGGAAUAUCAAGUCAUCGUGAUGAUGUUUUAGUUAAAGAUACAACCGAAGGCCUCGUCAAGGCAAAAAACGAGAAAUACAUUUAUAUUGGCGAGAAGACGAAUAUAGAAGCAGAAAUGGCUUCAGAUUGUAAUAUAACUUUACUACCUGAAGAGUUUUUCAAGGUUGGUUUUGGAUUUGCUCUUCAGGAUGGGGAUCCUUACGGAGAGGUUUUUAAUAAGGAAAUUAUGAGUAUACUUGAAGGUGGACUUAUCCAGAGGUGGAAGAAGAAACACUGGCCUGCUGAACAUUGUAAGGCAACUGUAAAAAUAGCUCAUGUAAAUGUUAUAUCCUUCCGAGAUUGUAUAGGACAAUUUGCUCUCUUAGCGGCAGGAAUAGGAGUGGCUACAUUGAUUUUAACAGCUGAAUAUCUUAUACUUCACACUCAGAAACGUCGAUUUUUAAAGAAGAAGAAGCGAAGAAUUUCAGUUGCAUCCGUAUCUAGAAGAGUUGGCAGUGUCCCACCAUUUAAAAUACCUCAAGCAGAUAGACUAGAGGACGAAACACCUACAAUGAAUAAACUAUCUGUAAAUGAAUCAGACUCUGCAGUAUAUUCAGUUUCAUCCACACCAAAUUCAUCCUGCGAAAAUAUAGAUGUGAUAACUGAUGAGGCGAAUGUUAACAAUAGCAGAAAACCUAGCGACACACUGAAUGGAAGAUGA